AUGGCUGGCUCGGAGAUCGGUCCACGUGGUCACGGUGACGACGACAUUCCGAUCCUGCUCACGGUCAUCCUAGGUAUUCAGCAUGCGCUCUGCAUGAUCGGGUCGAGCGACUCGCCUCCGCUGGCCAUCGCUGCUGGCGCUUCCUACCUCGACUCGACAACCACCCAGUAUACGGUAUAUGCGGCGUUCAUCGUGACCGAUUCGGCAUUACGACCGUACUGCAAGUAA